AUGGCCUUGCAGAGCAAAGACAACGGAGACGAAGAUGAGGAAGACGAGGAUGAAGAUCUAAGCCUCAGAUUCGCGCCUACUUCUCUGAAACCUACUCGUCACUCGCUUUCUUCUUUGUCCUCAACUGGAAGCAACAGAGAUAGUAAACCACCGGCUGUUUCCUUCCUUCCCCACAACAGAUCGCCGUCGCCUCCGGUGAAUUCCGUAUCCCUGAUUGUAAAAUUAGCUUUGACCAUUAGCGAGGAACUUCGUGGAGCAAGUGCCUUCGGUGCGUUCCGCUUUGCAGGAAGGCCGUCGCUAUCGUCGGCUAGAUCCACGACUCCUACUCCUAAUCUUAUGCCUCCAAGCUGGGUGUCGGUGAAAGCUCCGAAUGCUAUUCCUCCACUUGAUCCGCCAACUAGCAGCAGAGAUAAAAGGGUGAUCAGAGGGAAGCUUCAGCUCUUCAUGAUGAAGUAUGUGAUGCUGGAUAUGCUACAAGAGGAGAAUGAGGUUGUACUGGAGAAGAUGUUCACCUUCGUUAUGCUACAAGAGGAGAAUGAGGUUGUACAUGUGUACGCCUCUAAACACCUGAUAUGA